CCAAAAGUGUCAAUCAAACAUCUUAAUGAUUAACCAUGUUUACUUUGAAUUUGAAUUUGAAUUACUUCCAAUCAGAUGGCGUUCGGAUCACUACAGAAUUCAUUACGACUAAUCCACUGAUGUGAGUAAACACAGGAAAAUUUGAAAAGUCUGACAACUCGAGGCACUUUAUUUGGGGUUAAGAGUAUUUCAUCUCUCAAGUAGGAUACCAACAAACGCCUCCAAAUUCAAAAUUAACACUGUGCUGUUAAGGCACACGACAAAUGGGUUAAGUGGAAUCAUUUACGAUAAUUGAAAUGUCCUUAUUGUUGGAUAGCAAUUUUGUAGAAUCAAAAGCUUACGAGCUGUAUGAGCGAAAUGCUUUAGGUCACAUUCUUGCUCAGAUAUUUGAAGGAUAUGGCGAUCUCUACAGCGUUCCUGACAAGUGUGAUAGUCGAAAUUUCGCAUUGUUCUCGUUGUUUUUGAAAGACGGUCGGAAUCGGUUUGUUUAUGUCGGGCAUUUGUGCAGAAAUGGCGGUGUAUUCCAGGAUGAAGGCAUGGACAUAAGAAGACCAUUGCUUCCACACUUACACUGCAGCUCUACUAAACACAUUGACAGAUAUCUAACGGCUGUAAAAUACCCAUUUUCCAGCCGAAUUCUUGAGUUCACAUCCACUGCCUUAACUGGGAGGCCAGAAGGAAAGCGAUUUAGUUGGCUUGAGCUGGGCACCACGCAAAUCAAUUAUGUUGAUCCAAUAAAGCUUAGUGCUAAGCUGAGUGAAGAGGCGUGUAAGAUAGACACUUUGAAAGAUGUCUUUCGCGGAAAGGACUGCGUGUACCUCGUGUAUCAGGUUUGUCGCUCAGAGAAGCUGGUGUACUACGGCUCACGGAAUUACCAGAGUAUAAGUUGGCACGGUAAAGACUCAAAUGCUAUUGAGUCACAAAUAAAAAAUGCAGCUAAAGACCCUAGCAACCCUAGCUUUUCCAGCGAGAUCAAGGACGCACCUCGAGCCUUCACAUUUUGCAAGAUGCCUUUGGCAAGGGAUGGCACGCUUGGGAAGCCUGUGUAUAACGUCGCUCUCAUACCCACAAGUCCUCGGGAGGAGAGUGAUCUUCCGGGGCAGUUCUAUGCAGAGGAGCUGGAUUUUGACUUUGUCUCUUGGCUCGUUUCUCACCUCAAAGAGAUGAAAACUAGAGAGCUGUGGCGACCUGCUCUGGUGGACCUAUACACUCUCGUAGACGGUAAAGACCGCCAACAGGCACUCGGCUUUCUCCUCACGGUUAUCAAGAGUUUCCAGACGGCAGAACAGCAAGCUGUGCAGAUGGUUGAUUUAUCCAUGGCGAUCCCAAGUAUCCCAUUAUGCCUCGCAAAAUACCCAAUGAUCCUGUCUAGGGUACUAAGGGGCGCGGAAAUAGUCAUGACCGACCCCUCCCCUAACGAUUCAGACGACGAAAGUGAAGAGCCCCAGAUAGUAUUCCAGCCUUCAAACAGCCAAGAAUACCUCAGACUGCUCGAAUUCCUCUUUCAUGUGUUUGCUAAGGGUGUGAUAACAGAUCAGCAAGGCGAGGCAACGGCAGCCUUAUCAGCCAAAGAUGUCGCAGCUUUGCAAGAGUUGUACUACACACAAAUGGGCUGCAUCUGUAAACCGGAGAAGACUUUGAACCCUAGAGAGGAGCCAAUGGCAUCCCUGUGGAAAAAGGGGACGCGAACUAGAACGUAUUUAGAGAGCCUGGGUCUUCAGGAAAGAAUGGAGAACGACCAGAAGGUUGUGACCUCACCAAGGAAUGCUCAGCUUAUCAACAUCCUAACGAUAUUUUUCUCAGAUGUGGACUAAUUUCUGGUUCUAUGAGUAAACAUUUUAGUGUUGUUGGCUAUUGCCCAGUAUUAAUAUAAAUUCGAAGGCGCGUACAUAUGGGGUCGCGUGCACCGCCCUUACCCCCUUGGCACCAUCAGACAGACAGACAGACAGAAAGAUUUUUAAGAGUGCCGUGAACAAAGAUGUACAUAGGCCAUUAUUCUCUAAUAUUUAUAAGUAAGAUUGCCUAAUUCAGUCAUUAAUGUAUUUAGCUACAAUGCUGUGGAGUUUUUUGGGGUCUAUUAAAUAUGUAAAGUUUGGGAAAUGUCUAUUUAGUUGUUGGGGAAGAGUAUUUCUAAGUUCUUUGUAAAAUGGGCAUUUAACAAGAAAGUGUUCUUUGUUUUCCAUAGUCUGACAGCGCGGGCGAACCCUUGAUUCUGGUGUUAUUCAGUUUUUAUUGUAGCGACCUCUUUUAAUUUGUAGAUUAAUGUGGUCGCUUAUUCUUGUUUUGUUAGUGCCCUACGAUAUUCUAUAUUCGAUACUUUUAGUAAUUAAUCCUCUAGUUUAUAUUCUGAUUUGAAUUCUCUGAAUGUUAUUAGUUUGUUCCCUCCAAUUAGUCUGGCAUUAUCGUCGAAAAGGCUUGAUCUCCAAUCUUGUAUUUCGAUAUAUUCUAACCUGUGUUUGAAUUCUUUAUAUAAUUGUUUUAUUGAUUUAGUGUCUAAGGUUCCCAACAGUAGCUAUAACCGUCUUGAAAUAAAAGUGAUUUAAUUUUCA